ACGAACAGGAAGCAGGAAGCUGUACUGCCUUGUGUAAUAUUUACCCGUUUGUUAUCUGACAAAUAUACUGCACCACCACUGCAAGUCUUUUUUCAACUUCUCCUCUGACUACGAGUUUCUUCAAACUGGUGGACAGGGGCUGUUCUAUGAUGGGUUGUCUCACAUGUAAAAGAUGCUUUGCAAUAAUUGUGAUUGUACUGAUUCUGAUAGUGAUAAUCACAAUCACUAAGAUAGUGAAAAUCAGUCCGAUACAAUCAGUCUCUCUGCAACCCUCUGAUAAGUGCUAUAAUAAAGCAGCAGUGGCAGCGGAUGCCGGGACUUGCUCUGAGAUCGGGAGGGACAUGCUGAAGCGUGAUGGUUCAGUAGUUGAUGCUGCUAUCGCUGCUCUGCUGUGUGUGAGUCUGGUUAAUGCUCAAAGUAUGGGCAUCGGAGGAGGGGGGGUUUUCACCAUAUACAAUGUAUCAACAGUUUUGGUUCUGGAGUGAUGUCACGCUCAACAGGCAUUAUAUUUAAUGACCAAAUGUGGGAUUUCAUUGAUCCUGAGCUGAUAAGUGGUUCUGGCAAAAACAACUUAAUUAAACCAGGUACAAAAAAAGUAUAGUUUGUAUGAGUUACACUAUUAUGUACA